AUGAAAGCCCCCAAUUUUCCAGCGGACCUUCUCAAAUUGCUCUCCGACCCAUCCUCUCAAUACACCUUCACCCUCAAAUCCGCCCAACUCGUCGAACCUUACAUUGAAUUCAACGUGGAGAUCAUGGACCAUGGAAAGGCUGUUUUUGAGGUCAAAUCAGUCCUAAACGAAUCCAAGAACCGACUGGAACGAGCGAAUCAAGUUGGGUGUCGAAGGAAACGAAUCUCAAGAUCAGUGCCAGAACCAGUUGAAAUGGAUCCAGUUGGAGUUCAAUACGUUCGGGAACUCAAUGGAGCAGUCCGUGCUGGAAAUGAGCAAUUGAUUUCUGUGCUUCUAGCGCCGAGUUUUGUUUUUAAGGGGUGCAAAAAGACUUAUGAUAGAGCGAAAUUCCUGGAUCUCCUUUUCAAGCACCGCGGAAAUUCGAAAUUCUUCAUCGCUAUCGUCGCUACCGAAAACAAUGGCCAGAAGAUUAAAAUGAUCAGUGGAGAAGUCGGAAACCCAUACAAAUCCAUUAAAGGGACAUUUGACAAGCAAAUGAAUCGGAUGGAGAGUGCCGAGGAGGCAUUCUGUAAGGAAUACCAGAAGAGAGAAUUUUAA